CGCGUUGUUCUUGCCGCCCGCCACACGGAGUCGCGAGUUCCCAAAGCAAUCAAAACAUCUUGCAACCAUUUGGAAGAACAAAACUCUCUAACGAAAAACUGUGUCCACUGAUUUACGUUUCGAUUGUGUUUGUGCCUGUGCAGGAUGCGCGUUUAAUUGGCGAUUUGAUUCGUUACAAAUUCAGCUUCGAACUGGUUUUUCACUUUACGGAAAAUCUAUGGAAAUGUUGCGUCUGCUUAGCUUUUCGUGCGCUUUUCUCGGCUUCCUGCAUAAUCCUGUGCUAGCUGAAAUUGAAUACAAUACCAUCAACGCAGAUGGAUCUUUUCAAUUUCGACAUGCAAAUGAUGACAUUGGAGGCUACUAUCAUAGCGCCUCCGGUACUCCAGACAAUGUUGUGCGAGGUCGUUAUGGUUCGCGUAGUCCAGCGAGCGGCCAAAUCGAAGAGACCGUCUACACAGCCGGACCACGUGGCUUUCGCGUGAAUGGACCGAAGAUACAUCGUAAAAUGGACCUGGCUCAGUAUCCGGUACGUCCACGUGGUAGUCCCGAUGAUCCGCUUGCGGAUCCCUACGAUGAUCCCUCCUACAGCUUCAAGUUUCGCACGCCGGAUCAAUCACGCAGCGAAGAAAACGAUGCCAGCAAUCGCAUUAGAGGUCUCUACUCCUAUGUGGACGAUGUCGGUGAGCGGCACAGCGUGCGCUAUGCUGCUGGCGCUGGCACUGGCUUUGAGAUCUCCAACGCUGUGCCCGACAAUCCCGCUAUUGUUGGUUACUCCAGUCCGCUGUACAAGGCACAUCCUAAGACACGCGGUAAAAUGUCCGUGCAACGUGGUCCCGGCGGCACUUACAAACUCAUCGCAGCUGGACCGGAUCAUCGACGUGCCGAGAGUCGUGCCCCGGAUGGUUUGGUGCGUGGCACUUACUCCUUCCUUGAUGAUAAAGGCGUGCAACGUACUGUGGAGUAUAUAGCGGGUGCCGGGAUUGGUUAUCGUGUGGUGCACAAUCGUGUGGGACCAGGAACGCAUAUAAAUCCUUCUGUGGCGGACUUUCGCUUGAGUGACACGGAUUUCCGAUUGGCCAAUGACUUUGGCAGAGGUGCAGGUGGAGGUUUAGGUGGCGUAAGUGGAGCUGGUAGUGGAGGUGGUGCAUCCUCUGCCUCUGGUUCUGGCUCUGGGCCAAGUGGAGCGGGUGGCGCUGGAGGAGCUACAGGGGGCAGGGGACGCACUGGUGGCAAGGAUUACCUGAGGCCAGCGGGCGGUGGAAUAGAUGAAGACGCAGCUGCAGCCGGCGAUGAUGUGGAUGAAGAGGAUAAUGGCAUAGGAAAUGGAAAUGGAGAUGGGAAUGGAGGUGACAAUAAUGAAGACUUUGAGCUGAGCGGCAGCUCGGGGGGCAGCGCUAGUGCGUCGCGUGGCAAGGAAGAUCGAAGGGGCUAUGCAGCGGGCGGAGGACAAAGAGGCAGCACAAGGUAUGGGGGUGGAAGCGGAGGAGGAGGAGGAAGUGGAGGUGGAGGUAGCGGAAGUGGAGGAGGUGCUAGUGGUGGAAGCAGAGGCGGUGUCAGUGGCGGAGGAGGUGGAAGUAGGGGAGGCAACGGUUCAGGGGCAAGCAGAGGAGGAGGCGCCGCAUCGGGCAGCAGGGGAGGAGGCUCCUCGGGCAACAGAAAUCGCGGUGGCUCAACCGGUCUCAAUGCCAGCGGAUCGAGGAAUCGCAAUCGGUUCAGCGGUGACGGCGGCUCCUCAGAGAGCGGAUACUUGCCACCAACCGGAAGCGGUAGCAGUGGCAGCGGUCCAGGAGACAACUACAAUCUGAACGAUGACGAUGUGGGCAGUUCGCUGCCACCGUUGGUCACCGCCAAUCAUCGUAUACUGGAGAUCGACAGGGAUCGUGAGUGGGUGCAGCGACAUCGUGACUCUACGGUCAUCCGUAAUGUGGGCAAAUGGUAUGUGGGACUGCCGCCGGGACAAAGUGUGCGUGCCCAUGUGCAGAACAUCGAUCUGGUGCCACUCGGCGGACGUGUCAACUUGUCGCCAUCGGAGGCGUUGCGCCAGGACGAGAUUGCCGAGCUGAGCGCCUCCAGGGAGCAUUAGAGCUGAGCAACACCCUUACACUUGGUAGUUGUAGUUCGUAGUCGAUAAGUGUCUAGUUGUAAGCGACUCUUAACGGGGUUAACCGGCUGCGGUUAACCUCUGCUCAAUUGUAACAGUAUUUAUGCCAAAUACACGAGUGUAUUAAUCAUGUAACAAAAGU